AUGGAAGUUAAUCUACAAUUUAUGGAGAAUUUUGAAGAUCAAAGAACGACUCUAACUGAGACACUUGCAGUGUUAAAAGUAACAGGAACUGACUCUCAAAUACAAAUUACUGACAAUAGUGACAUUGUGGAUAAUCAACUUAUGACUAUAACAUGGAAACAAACUGUCUAUACUGUACAGAUGAUAUUGGAAGAAGGGAAAGAGAACUUGGCCCAGAUUGAAGUAUUGAUAAGUAUCCUCACUCAAAUAUUGAGACUCGAUGAUAUAGAAGCUCUAUUAUGGAAACCGGACUGGCACAGAAAGAAAGCCAGAAUUAUUUAUGUGUUAAGAAAUCCAAAGGAUGUCUUGGUUUCUACCUAUCAUUUUUCCAAAAUUACACCUGUAAGGGAAACACCAAAAGAUUUUGAUACAUUCUUAGAGUGGUUUUUGGCUGGCAAAGUGCCUAGUAGUUUGUGGCUAGACCAUGUAGAAGGCUGGUACACUCAUAAGGAUGAUUUCAAUAUUCUCUUCCUUUCUUAUGAAGAAAUGAAAAAGGAUCUGAGAAGGUCUGUACUGAAAAUAUGCAGCUUCCUAGGAAAAAAACUAACUGCAAAGGAGGUGGAUGAUGUGGUAGAUAAAGCUACAUUUGAUAACAUGAAAGUGGAUUCUAGAGCAAACUACACAUUCAUACAUUCCGACAUUGUAGAUUGCAGAAAAAAACUAACUGCAAACGAGGUGGAUGAUGUGGUGGAUAAAGUUACAUUUGAUAACAUGAAAGUGGAUUCUAGAGCAAACUACACAUUCAUGCCUUCUGACAUUGUAGAUUGCAGUAAAGGAGACUUUCUUCGCAAAGGCACUGUUGGAGACUGGAAGAGCACCAUGACUGUUGCCCAGAAUGAAAAGUUUGACCGUGUCUUUAAGGACAGGAUAGAAAAGCUGCCCUUCAAGUUCUGCUGGGAUAUUCAGGAGGAUCCUGAGCCUAUUUCCAGCUCAGUGGAGGAAAAUAAUGUGUGA